CUUCACUCAGGAACUACCAAACCAUCAACCAGGAGCUCCCUCAGCGUGUCAUCUACCGAGACGGUGUGGCGGAUUGGCAGCUGGAGGCCUUAUUGAAGGAGGAGCUGCCACAGAUCGUGGACACCUUGAAGUCCCAUGCUGAAGGAUACGAGCCCAAGAUCACGUUCGUCAUCGUGAACAAACGGAUCAACACGCGGUUCUUCGCGCGUGACGGCUCCGGGCUGCAGAAUCCCCCGCCAGGGACUGUCGUGGAUGACGAGGUCACCAGGCCUGAAUGGUAUGACUUCUUCCUGGUGUCCACCUCGGUGCGCCAGGGAACGGUCACUCCCUGCCACUACAACGUGGUGUGGGACACCUCUGGCCUCAAGCCUGACCAAAUGCAGAAGCUCACUUACAAGCUCUGCCACCUCUACUACAAUUGGCAGGGCACCGUCCGAGUCCCCGCCCCGUGCCAGUACGCCCACAAAUUGGCCUUUUUAGUUGGACAAAGCGUCCACACCAAGCCUUCAGAAGACCUGGCGCAAACACUGUUCUACCUGUAGGUCACAGGUCACGACCAAAGGGUAGAGAUCAGAGGUCACAAGCUGGGUUUCCACAGAGAACAUGCAUGUGAUCUGGCAAAACUCCUUCGAACACUUUCCUUUCUCUAGUUUUGAUCAACUUA